AAAUUCAAGUUCUCCAGCUAUCCCUGUGUGCGUCACUUGUUUGAAUAUGUGAUAAAAAGAAAAAAAUAAGGCUAACGUAUUGAAAAAGCAAGCAAGUUUCAGAUGCAUUUCUGAUAUGCAGAGAUUUUAAGGACUUUCACAGAUAAUGUUUUACAAAGAGACAACGUUACACAACAUUGGAAACCAGUAAAAGUAAAUAUUAAAGUUAAGUGAACGUUACCUACACAAGCUUGCUUAGAGGAAGAUGAAGAUCAUUUUAGAAGACAAGAAAUAUGCCUAUUAAGAACUGCAGCAAAUAAACAAGGUGUGUUCAGGAUGAUUUUAUUAUAUCAGAUGGUACCUUUCCUUUUAUUUGCCUCGGUUUCUGGUGAAUGUCUGACUGAACUGCUGAGAGACACCUACUUUGAAGGAGGAGACAUCACUACAGUUUCCACACCAAGCGCCAAGUACUGCCAAGUAGUCUGCACCCACCACCCAAGAUGCCUGCUUUUCACGUUUAUGGCGGAGUCGUCAUCUGAAGAUCCUGCUGAGUGGUUUACUUGUGUCCUGAAAGAUAGUGUUACAGAAAAACUGCCAAGGGUGAAUAGGACAGGAGCAAUUUCUGGGUAUUCUUUCAAGCAAUGCUCACACCAAAUAAGUGCAUGCAACAAAGACAUUUACGUGGGCCUGGACAUGAAGGGCAUGAAUUACAACAGCUCUAUUGCCCGGAACGCUCAGGAAUGCCAAGAGAGGUGCACAAAUGACAUCCACUGUCACUUUUUUACGUAUGCGACAAGGCAGUUUCCUAGCGAGGAGCAUCGUAACGUGUGUCUACUGAAGUACACCCCAACUGGGACGCCCACACGAAUAACCAAGCUCAGUAAGGUGGUGUCUGGAUUUUCGCUGAAGUCCUGUGCCCUUUCCAUUCUGGCCUGCAUCAGGGACAUCUUCCCUGGCACGGCGUUUGCAGACAGCAGCAUCGGCAGCGUGCUGGCUCCAGACGCUUUUGUGUGUCGCCGCAUUUGUACUCAUCAUCCCAAUUGUUUGUUCUUUACCUUCUUUUCCCAAGAAUGGCCAGAAGAAUCCCAAAGAAAUCUUUGCCUCCUUAAAACAUCUGAGAGUGGAUUACCAAGUGCACGCUUUAAAAAGAGCAAAGCUCUCUCGGGUUUCAGUCUGCAGCACUGCAGACACAGCGUUCCAGUUUUCUGCCAUUCUUCAUUUUACCACGACACUGAUUUCUUGGGAGAAGAACUGGACAUCCUCAAUGCGAAAGGUCAUGAAGCCUGCCAGAAAAUGUGCACCAACGCCAUCCGCUGCCAAUUUUUUACCUAUUCUCCGUCUCAAGGGUCUUGCCACGAAGGGAAGGGUAAAUGUUACUUAAAGCUUUCUUCUGAUGGAUCCCCAACGAAAAUACUUCAUGGGAGCGGAGGCAUCUCUGGGUAUACACUGAGGUUAUGUAAAAUGGAUAAUGCAUGUACAACCAAAAUCAAGCCCAGGAUUGUUGGGGGAACCGCGUCUGCUCCUGGAGAGUGGCCGUGGCAGGUAGCACUGCAUGUCACGUUGCCCACCCAGAGGCACCUAUGCGGGGGCUCCAUCAUUGGGAACCAGUGGAUAUUAACAGCUGCUCACUGUCUGUACGGGCUGGAGUCACCCAAACUUUUGCGGGUGUACAGUGGCAUUUUAAAUCAAUCUGAAAUAAAAGAGGACACACUUUUCUUUGGGGUUCAAGAAAUAAUAAUUCACGACCAAUAUAAAAUGGCAGAAAGUGGGUAUGAUAUCGCCUUGUUGAAACUGGAAACAACAAUGAAUUACACAGAUUCUCAGAGACCCAUAUGCCUACCUUCAAAAGGAGAUCGACAUGUAAUAUACAUGGAUUGCUGGGUGACAGGAUGGGGGUACAGAAAAUUAAGAGACCAAAUACAAAACACUCUCCAGAAAGCCAAGAUACCCUUAAUGACAAAUGAGGACUGUCAGCUGAGGUACAGAAGGCAUAAAAUAACCAAUAAGAUGAUCUGUGCAGGCUACAAGGAAGGUGGGAAGGAUGCUUGUAAGGGAGACUCAGGGGGACCCCUGUCCUGCAAACACAACGAGGUCUGGCACUUGGUGGGCAUCACCAGCUGGGGCGAAGGCUGUGCUCAAAGGGAGCGGCCAGGUGUCUAUACCAACGUGGUUGAGUUUGUGGACUGGAUUUUCGAGAAAACUCAAGCAAGGUGAAUGCCUUCCCAGGAGCCACUGGGCUCCCUGAGGGGUGACCAGAUUAUCCCCUGAAAGAGGUUCUGGGCCACUGUGCUUCCUCAGUAACAGGCUGAAGGGGCUGGACAUGUGUGAGGAAACAUCAAACCCAAACAAAGUUUUAUUUUCAAAACUCCA